UCCAAAUUUAUCUCGCGAUUUCCUAAAAAAUAAAAAUUCAAUCUUUCCGAAAAUCCUGGAAUUUUUUUGUGUGUGAAAUUGGAUGGUGGGUUCGUCAAGACAAGGUUUUCCUUCAUGGAUGGGAGUAGCUACAGCUACAAGAAAAGUGGAGCUCGAAAAAAACAUGGUGAAAGACGAUGCUUCCUUCAACAAAGAGCCCUCCAAAUCCCAAAUUUCUGAUGUCGACUUGACUUUCUGGGAGAGGGCUUUUUCUGCCGGCGGCGCCGCCUUCCUCUCCGCCGUCAUCGUCAACCCUCUCGAUGUUGCCAAGACUAGGUUACAAGCUCAGGCUGCUGGAGUACCCUAUGAUGGAUUUUGUCGAACCGGAACCGGAUGCAUCGAAACGAACACGAUUUUGCAGGAUCUAAAGUAUAUGCCGUCCGCUGUUCGUACGUCUAUCUGGUCUCAACCGACGUGCUCUCCCGAUUGUACCCGUUACAGAGGAACGUUAGACGUGUUCUACAAAGUCACGCAGCAGGAAGGAUUAUCGAGAUUGUGGAGAGGAACGAAUGCCAGUUUAGCAUUGGCGAUCCCUUCCGUUGGAAUAUAUAUGCCUCUGUACGAUAUUUUUCGGAACUACUUGGAAAAUAUUGCAUUGCAGAAUGCUCCAAGUGUUGCACCGUAUGUCCCGGUAGUUGCUGGAUCGUUAGCUCGUUCGAUAGCUUGUGUUACUUGCUAUCCUGUCGAGCUUGCAAGAACAAGAAUGCAGGCGUUUAAACACAGCCAAGGUGGGGUGAGGCCGCCAGGCGUAUUGAAAACUUUGGUCGGUGUCGUUUCUUCACUCAAGACAACUAAUAAUCCUCAAGCUUUUCAAAGCUACCGGAUCUUAUGGACUGGCCUCGGAGCACAACUCGCACGGGAUGUUCCUUACUCUGCAGUUUGCUGGUCAACUCUAGAGCCACUUAGAAGAAGAAUUUUAGCACGGAUAGGCGAUGAAGCCAGCGCAUCCAGCAUUCUUGGAGCAAAUUUUUGUGCCGGUUUUGUUGCUGGAAGCCUUGCUGCUGCUGCCACCUGUCCUCUAGAUGUUGCAAGAACUCGUCGUCAGAUCGAGAAAGACUCGACACGAGCGUUGACCAUGACCACGAGACAAACGUUGAUUGAGAUUUGGAGAGAUGGAGGUAUCAGGGGAUUAUUUGCAGGGGCGGGCCCACGAGUUGCACGGGCGGGCCCAUCAGUCGGGAUAGUGGUUUCGUUUUACGAAGUGGUUAAAUAUGCAAUGCAAUAUAGACAAUCAAAGGAGCGAUUAUAUGGAAGAUGACAAUUGUGAAGGCCGAAAAACGAGGCAAUCUAAGCCAUCCAUCAAGAUUUUUUUGAGAUCACUGAUUAGUCGACUAUCAACGUAGAUUAUAAAUUUGUGAGAUUAUUCACGGUACAAUUGGAAUAUUUGGUGCAAUGACCUGUUUCAUCUCUUGUCGAAGAUGGAACUUGUUUGACAAGUCUCAUUGCACGAUUCUUGAAAUAAAAUUUACGACUUUUCGUUGUCUUU